GAGGCUCCGGGUUGGGAGGCGGGGGAGGCGGGGCGAGGCCCGGCGCGGAAAUAGGGCGCCCGGCGCGGGGUCGCAGCCUGCCCCGGCCCAGGGCUCGGCCUGGCGCCAGUUGCGCGCGCGGCGCGUGUGCGGUGGUGCGGGGCGCCCGCGGGGCCGCGCGCUCCGGGAGGGCCGUGACUCAGCCGCUGAGUCGUCGCUCACGCCGCCCAGAGGAAGUUAGGCACCGGGUGGGGCCCGCGCGCGGUGUCACUGCGCUCACCCCAGCCCCGGUCGCCCGCCGGCGCGCCCAGAGGGGAGUGCCGGGAGGCGGCGGCGCUGACUCUCCCGAGCCCGGCUCCGCGCCUCUGUUCCCGGAGCGGCCGCCGCCUGCCUAGGGCCAGGGACACAGCUGUCGCGCUCGGACCGCCUCCGUGGACCCCUUCUGAGAGGGCGCGCCCAGCCAUGGAGGGCGCGGAGCUGGCCGGCAAGAUCCUGUCCACCUGGCUGACGCUGGUGCUCGGCCUCAUCCUCCUGCCUUCGGCCUUCGGGGUGUCUCUGGGCAUCUCCGAGAUCUACAUGAAAAUCUUGGUGAAAACUUUAGAGUGGGCCACAAUCCGAAUUGAAAAAGGAGUCUCAAAGGAGUCGGGUCUUAAAAGCUCAGCUUCUGUCGGUAUUAUCCAAAGAGAUGAAUCACCCAUGGAAAAAGGGCUCUCUGGUCUGCGAGGAAGGGACUUUGAGCUGUCUGACGCGUUUUAUUUCUCCAAGAAGGGCUUGGAAGCCAUUGUGGAAGAUGAAGUGACCCAGAGGUUCUCCUCAGAGGAGCUGGUGUCAUGGAAUCUCCUCACAAGGACCAACAUGAAUUUCCAGUACAUCAGUCUGCGGCUCACCACGGUGUGGGUGCUGGGCGUCCUAGUGCGCUACUGUGUCCUGCUACCCCUGAGGGUUACCUUGGCUUUCAUUGGGAUCAGCUUGUUGGUUAUAGGAACCACACUGGUUGGGCAGCUGCCAGACAGCAGCCUCAAAAAUUGGCUGAGUGAGCUGGUCCACCUGACCUGCUGCCGCAUCUGUGUGCGAGCGCUCUCCGGCUCCAUUCGUUACCACAACAAGCAGUACAGACCCCAGAAGGGGGGCAUUUGUGUUGCCAACCACACUUCCCCAAUAGAUGUCUUGAUCUUGACCACGGAUGGAUGCUAUGCCAUGGUCGGUCAGGUCCAUGGUGGAUUGAUGGGAAUUAUUCAGAGAGCUAUGGUCAAGGCUUGUCCACAUGUCUGGUUUGAACGCUCAGAAAUGAAGGAUCGACACUUGGUCACUAAGAGACUGAAAGAACACAUUGCUGAUAAGAAAAAACUACCCAUAUUAAUCUUUCCUGAAGGGACUUGCAUCAACAACACUUCAGUCAUGAUGUUUAAAAAGGGAAGCUUUGAAAUUGGAGGAACCAUACAUCCAGUUGCAAUUAAGUAUAAUCCUCAGUUUGGGGAUGCAUUUUGGAACAGUAGUAAGUACAACAUGGUGAGCUACCUGCUUCGGAUGAUGACCAGCUGGGCCAUCGUCUGUGACGUGUGGUACAUGCCCCCCAUGACCAGAGAGGAAGGAGAAGACGCCGUCCAGUUUGCUAACAGGGUUAAGUCCGCCAUUGCUGUGCAAGGAGGGUUGACUGAGCUUCCCUGGGAUGGAGGGCUGAAGAGAGCAAAGGUGAAGGACACCUUCAAGGAGGAGCAGCAGAAGAAUUACAGCAAGAUGCUUGUGGGCAACGGGUCUCUCUGAAUCGGACUCAGUGCUACCCUGGUCGUCAAGUUUGGCUUCCCAGAACCAGCCCUUAGAAAUUGAAUGUUUUGGGUUUUUUUGGCGAGGGAGUGGAGUAUUGUUUUGUUUUACUGUUUUUGUUUAUUUGCUGUUGUUAAUCUUUUCUACAGGAUGGAUUGUCUCUACCUCUUUAUGCCAGAAGCAGAACCCAACGGUGGGGGAAGGGGUGUUUUGGCUUUUGUUGUUGCUAUAGCAGUAGCUUCAUGAAGUGUAAGGUAGUUUACUGAGUUUAAACAGAUCCUGCCUUUUGUAAAAUGAUGAUGUCAUCGUUAAUCAAAUGAAAUACUUAAUGCAGGGAAAAAGUGCUUCUCAGACACUUUUAGAACUCACUGUGUUUCUCAAAAAAAAAAUCCCCCAUGCUCUCUUCGUGAUUAAUUUUCUCACUCCUUCUCCCCUCACCUCCCCCUUCAGUCCCUUGAACAGCGGGAUCACGCAUCAGUUCAAGGUCUCCUCCAUGGUUACCUUCUACUGCAAGGUUGAAAAGAAAAAUGGGCGAUGUUCUUUAGGAGAAGGGACAGAUUUGUGGCCACUUGAUCUAAAAGUUGAAAGCAAAUGUAAAUAUUUUUUUUACUAGUGUGUUAGAGGUGAACUUCAAUUUGGUCAGCUGUACCAAAGAAAAGUGUGUGCAGGUUACUGUGUGUGUGCAUUUAUAGGUAGGUGAAUUUUGAAUAAAUCCUUUUAGCUGGCAACUGCUGAUAAAGUUUUAAGUUUUCCUUGUUUGUACACUAAAGAUCUAUAUCUAGUGCCUCUCCUAUCUCCUGAUUUGAUGUUGUACUGAAACGUAUUUUCAAACAGGAGGAGCCCUUUACAACAACAGGUCAGGUUGUCUUCAGCGGGGGUCUGAGUGAGCCAGGUGUGUGCUGCCCCUCACCCUCCACCGCUUUGAGGUUUCUUUCAGAAUGUUCCCAGUUUCUUAAACAGAAAAAUAAGUGGAAAAAUUACCUUUUGGAAACUGAGCCUUAAAUUUUUUAAAGGGGAAAUAAGUGUUUCCCGACUCACACAGCAUAAGCAAUGUUCGAUGGCAAUGUAAUGCCGUGUUAAACUCAGUAUUGUCUCUCUUCCGGUAACCAUGUACAAGAUGUGAAACUGUCUUACAGUGAAUAUAAAUAAAUUCUAUAUUUCUAA